AGCUAUUUUCUGCUCUAUAUAAGUCAGUCGUCCCUGGAUCGGAGAAAGAACAAAUAACAAAAAGAAAGAAGAAGAAAUGGCGAAGGCGCGCUCGGUUGGAGUAGCCAUGGACUACUCUGCAACAAGCAAAUCAGCUCUGAAAUGGGCGAUUGAAAAUCUGAUAGAUGAAGGUGAUCGAAUCGUCAUCAUCCACGUCGUCUCCCCCAAAGCCGACCCAACCAACAAGCAGCUCUUCGAGGACACUGGAUCUCCCUUGAUUCCUCUGGUGGAGUUUAGAGAGCUCGAUGUGUCUAAGAAGUAUGGACUCACCCCUGACCCUGAGGUUCUCGACAUGCUUGAUACUGUGUCGAAGCAGAAAAAGGUUGUGGUGGUGGCUAAGGUAUACUGGGGAGAUGCAAGGGAGAAGAUAUGUGAUGCUGUGGAUCAACUCAAGCUUGAUUCUCUUGUGCUUGGAAGCAGAGGUUUAGGAGUCCUUAAGAGGGUGUUGCUUGGGAGUGUGAGUAACUACGUGGUGCAAAAUGCUACGUGUCCGGUGACGGUCGUGAAAGAACCAUCCAAGCGCUAACGGUCGUGAAAGAACCAUCCAAGCGCUAAGGUAGUUCCAAAUAGCAGGAAUCGCAGAUAUAAAGCAACUCAUCAAAUCAAGAUUCAUGUAUCAUAAAUAUAUCUUGUAAACUUUUGUGUGUAAAGCCUCUUAUGUAUCCUUCCUUCUUCAAAUUUUGUACUUGUGUUUUAUAUGGUUUUCUAGAAAUUCUUUCUAUUUCUUGCUUGUUUGAAUCUAUAUAUUUUGUAUCCUUCAUUUUCAGUAUAUUUCAUUAUACUAAUUUGUUAUUGUGUAA